AUCUAUUGUUUUACUCGUUUGAAGGCGGGCGGGUUGAAGGUGUGAAUGUGUGAUACAAAGACCAAAAUCAUCUCCUUUCCUCAACACCUUCUUCCCUUUCCUCUCUUGCAAGAAACCCACCAAAAUUUAUAUAUACACAUCCCCAUACUCUUCAAAAACCCAAAUCAAGAAUCCUGAAAAACACAACAAAACCCAUAAAGAUCACUUUUUUAUCAAGAAAGACCAUAAAACAAUGGAGGGUCUUGGAGAGAAUGACAUGAAGCAAAGAUUACAAGAAUUGCAAAAACAAUUGGGCAAGAAACAGAUGUUUGAAGAAGCUGUCUCCUCCAUAUCUUCACUUUUGAUUCUGUAUUAUCCCUCUGCUUCUCCUUCUAUUCGCAAUUUGUUCUAUACUGUCAUAUGCCGUGUUGCUACAAUUUUAAAAGCAAGAUACACUGCACAAGGAUAUUGGACUUCUGGGCUUCAGUUAUUCCUGGAAGCUGAAAAGCUUGUGGUGGAACCUUCUCAAAAAGAUCAUCUGCGCAAUUGCAUUGCUCAAGCCAAGGAGCAUUUAAGUGAAUUAGACAAUCAAUCUGAGGGAGUAGAAAGGGUGCAGAAUCCAACUGGAGGAUAUUUGUUUGAAGGGCAUCUUACUGUAGACCCAGAGCCUCCACAGCCAGCGUGGUUGGUGCAAUCAAAUCUAUUAACUGCUGUUGCCAACUUGGUUCCAGCUGCUACCUCUGAAGAUCAAACGGGAAACAGUAAUACAUCUGAAGAAACUGCAAGACUACUCCAAGGGCUUGUAGAUAGACUUGAUGACAUAGUACCGAUGUUUAUGGAUGAGGGUUCUGCAGCCCCAAGAGUGCCACCUGCUAGUAAAGAAGUGGUUGCAAAGCUUCCGAUUAUUACUGUAACAGAAGAAACAUUAACCAAACUAAGUUCCGAUGCUGAGUGUUGUAUUUGCAAGGAGAAUUUGGUUGUGAAUGACAAGAUGCAGGAAUUACCAUGCAAGCACACCUUCCAUCCUCCUUGCCUCAAGCCAUGGCUGGACGAGCAUAAUUCUUGUCCUAUAUGCCGACAUGAAUUGCAAACUGAUGAUCAUGCCUAUGAGAGCUGGAAGGAGAGGGAAAAGGAAGCUGAAGAAGAGAGGAGAGGGGCUGCAAAUGCAGUUCGUGAGGGUGAAUACAUGUACGUUUAGAAUGGAGCCUGUUAAUUUCAUUAUUGUAUUUCCUCGUAGUCAUUUGUGUAGUUUUGUGGUAAAGAUUGUUGAUUUAGAGCAUGAAUCAUCUUCUAUGGUGCAACAUUUCUCUAGUUCUAUUAAAAUUUGUGAUUAAUUGUUGGCUUCAUAUAUUUGAUUAAAUUUAUAAUUUCUGUAUU